AUAAAUCGAUAGCUGUCUUCACAUGUCAGUGCGAUCGCAAAGGACGAAAACCGGUGCUGUCUUCAAGCUCCGAAGACCAGCGUUCAGCGCUUUCUCAAUCAAACCACAGGGUCAGCUGAUGUCACAAAGUGCAGCAGGUCAGAUUUAUACAGACCUUUCUCACACCUGUCUACACCCAGUCGUGUGUUGCGACUCAACCUAUCAACGAAGCAAUCUGUCUGCAUUGCCCAUCGUCAACCCCCCCACAACCGAAGUUAUCUCACCCCGCAGAACGGAUUUGUCCCUUCUUAACGCAGCGUCUUCCACAAGUGAGCGUUCAGUCCGGGUUCAGCUGGUCAAGGAUGGCGUCGACUUCCACCAGCACCACGAAACCAGAGGCCAGCGACCUUAGAAGUCGCGACCUGCAGACGCGGGUUCAGUUGCGAGAAGUAUUUCUGACGGCCGUCAGGUCUGGAAUGCCCCAGCAGAUGCUGGAAAAGGUGCUGAAGUACGACCCCAGCACACGUACUCUGACAGUGGAGGGUCGCGAGUACCAAGUGAACCGGAACGUCUUCGUCGUCGGCUUCGGCAAAGCUGUGCUGGGUAUGGCGCGGGUGAUGGACGAAGUCCUGGGAGACCACAUUAUCAGGGGCAUCGUCAGCAUUCCCACCGGCUCCAGAGCUGACUUGGUGGCCAACGGACACAGCGACAUGCUGCUGUCGCCAAACAGCAAGAUCAGGGUGCGGGAAGGUGCCAACCACAAUUUACCAGACGAGCUAGCAUUCCAGGCAGCUAGGGACAUUCAUCAGCUGGUGUCCAACCUCACUGAGAAGGACAUUGUCUUCGUCCUCAUCUCAGGUGGCGGUUCUGCAUUGUUACCAUACCCGGUCGAGCCUCUGACCCUGGAUGACCUGCUGCAGAUCACCCGCGUGCUGUUCAGUCACGGCGCGUCCAUCUCUGACGUCAACACUGUGCGCGUGCAUCUCGAGCUCCUGAAGGGAGGGGGCCUUGCCAGGGAGGCUAAGCCGGCGCAAGUUGUAUCAUUCAUCAUCUCUGACGUCAUUGGCGACUCCCUGGAGAUGAUUGCGUCAGGCCCGACGGUGCGCCAGGUGAGGAGCCCGCACCGCUGUUUGGAGAUCAUCGACAGACUCAACGCGCGAGAGGCCCUCCCCAAGGUGGUUGUGGAAGUGCUGGAGGCUAAGAAGAGCCAGAUCGUGGCGCAGGCAGGCCUGUCCUGGAAUACUAGGAGCGAGACAUCAAGUGCAGGGGGAAUCAUUGAAGACGACAGGUCAGAGUGGGACAGAGUUCAGAACGUCCUGGUGGGCACAAACGCUAUCGCUUGUCAAGCAGCUGCACAGCGCGCUCAAGAGUUAGGGUUCGUACCCUGCAUCCUCUCCACUGAGCUCAGUGGGGAGGCGAAGGAGGUAGGCCUGCUGUUUGCCAAGCUGGCCCAAUACAUCGUGGCUUGCUUCUGCCUCCGGCUUUCCCAAACCGCCAACUCCGAGGUAGUGCAGUUAGAGAUGGAAAUCAUCAGACUGGGUAUUUCCAAGAACAAGCUGAACGAGGUAGCAGACAGUGUGAGGGUCGCUAGUAACCACUCCAAGCCGCUGUGCGUGGUGGCCGGAGGAGAGACGACAGUCAACCUCCGAGGCAAGGGCAAAGGGGGUCGCAACCAAGAGAUGGCGCUGUCAGCAGGCUUGCAGCUGCAGCAGUGCUUCCAGACUUUCAAGAGCCGCCGAGAGCUGACAGAGGUUUUAUUUCUCAGCGCAGGAACAGACGGACAGGACGGACCCACGAACGCCGCUGGGGCGCUGGUAGACGAGAACUUCAUGCUGGACGCCGUCAGCCAGGGCCUCGAUCCCGUCGCAAGCCUGCAGAACAACGACUCGCACACACUGUGGUCUCGCUUCGCUGGCGGUCGCGACCUGCUGGUCACAGGGCUCACCGGCACCAACGUCAUGGACAUACAGCUGCUCUUGGUGCAGAAUAAUCAAGCGACGGGCUUUUGAUCUAACCCCACCGGUUGCAUAGUUCACUCUUCCCUCCCACCCACCCCCCCAACCACCACUUUCAGUUUUUUUUCUUUAAUACUUCUAGAGAAAGAGAGCCUAAGUGAAAAGUGUACCUUACCCAUGCCUAGCCACUUUCACCUUUCUUCCCGAUGACCCACAUACAGAUCUCGAUUUUCUUUAUAUUUUGCUUUUACUAAGACAUAUCUCUGUGUAUUUUAAAACAUUUCAACUUCCGUUAAUUUGAUCCACAUUUCACUAACCUAAACAGAACAAUUUUUCUGUUUAGCUUAAAGAGCAAGGCUGUAUAUGCAGGUAAAGGGUCACUUCACACUCUGACCUCUGGGGUCUUAAUGUAUAGAAACGAGAUUUGACCGUUCACGAAAUCCAGGCCAAGACAGCAAGAUGGCGGCAGUCCAUUGAUUAUGUUUUUUAAGCAACAGACGCUGAUGCGAAGAGGCUAGUCAUAGUUUCUGAAUAAGGAGGAAACAGUUUAAAGCAUAAGAGAAAGUGAUAUCAUGUUUACUUACAAGGGUACUGGUCAUGUGUAAUCAGAAUCAUACUUUUGUAUGUGUCUUUUAAUUUUAUUUAAAUUUUACAUUUUUUAUACCCCACGGUUUUAAGCACAAUAAUCAAAAUGAUCUCUUUAACAUGUGUAAAAAUGCUGGCUUCGUCUGUACUUCUUAGCAAAAGAGCUGCUAGCGUUUUCGUGAGUUUCUGCGUUAGCAUGAAGAUAUGACUGGGACCUUCAUUAUCUUUGUUAGUGCAUACAUCAAUCUGUAGUUAUCUCUUUUAAGCUUCGUAUCCAACAGGCGAUUUAUAUUUGCAUACCAAAUUGCG